AAUGAUGAAAGUUCUUGCAGUAGCUCUGAUGAUUAAUCUCCUAUAUUCCGGGAGUGUCACGACGUGGUCCUUGCCAAUAAGGCAGGACAUUCUCCUAGGGAAUACAGCUGAACUUACCUGCGACCUUGGUGAUCCGGUGUGGGAUAUUAGGGGCAGUCAGGAUGGAGCACAGUCACGCUACGUAUUCCCUCGGCAAAUCAACGCAGUUCCCCCAGUGCUACAACUUCGAGGGUUUGAGUCCAGGUUU